GAGAAGUUUGAUUGUUCCUCUUCCUCCGGUUGCAGAGACUCCAUUUUGCAAUAGUCAGCUCCAAUUCUAAUUUGUAACUACUUCGAUUGUUUGUAGCUGGUUUCCUUCAUCGCAAUUUGGGUCAAUUUCAACUUCGAGAUUUCCAGAUGACUUCAAUGAACAGUGAGAAGGAUCAAACUACUCAACCAACCCAAAUUGUUGAGGAAAGUCAAAAAACUGCUCUCGAAAAAGAUGAGAAUGAAGAAUAUGAUGAUAGGAAAAGGUCAUUUGUGUGGGAUCACUUUAAGUACGCAAAAAACAUCACAAGUGCUAGAUGCCCAUAUUGCAAACGGAUGAUCAAGUGUGAUUCCAAGAAAAAUGGCACCAGUGGGUUAGGUAAACACUUGAAGAUGUAUUGCCGGAAGUCUCCAUGUUACAAGCAACCGGAUAUGAAACAAAAGACCUUAAGUUUCACUCCGCCUCAACCAUCCUCUAGAAAAAGUGAUGUAAAAGGUAAUAUGUACAACCAAGAGGGUUGUAGAAUGGCAUUAGCUAGGAUGUGCAUUAAAGAUAAUAGACCUUUUAGCAUUGUGGAGGAUGAAGGCUUUAAGAAAAUGAAGUAUGUGGAGUUGUGCUUGAAAAAAAAUUAUGAAAAUAAUGGAGAGAAACAAGCAAUGUUCCUUCAAAGAGUGGGAAGCACUCUAGACUCUUUAUACAAAGAGUAUCUUCGACUUGCAUCAAGUGGAGAUGUAAUGGGUGGUUCAACUUCUUCGAGUGUUGCUCCAAUUUCCUUAGAUAUUGAUGAUGAUGAUUUCCUUGAAAAGGAAUUUGAAAGGGAUUUGUUAGUAGCACAAGGUAAGGAAAACAAGUCUGAAAUUGAUAUUUACUUGUCUGAUGAUAUUCUACAAGUUGUUGAUCCACCUGAUAUUACAUUGGAUGAGUACAAAAAGAAUCUUGAAGAGAUUGAAAAGGAUGAAUUUGCAAGCACACCAAAGCAUCUGGAAGAAUACAUUUUGGAUGAUUGAAAUGGGUUGGAAGUUGCUAGUUUGCUGGGUUUUGUGUCAACUGUCAACACACUUAUAUUAAUUUGCUGGAAGUUGCUCCAAGUUGCUGGAAGUUGCUUGUUGCUCCAAGCAACUGGCAGUAUUUUUUAAAUGAUUUUGUGCCUUUUUAGGGACCCUGGAGUGCCUGGACUCUUGAUUUGCUUAUCAACCUUUUGUGCAAUUUUUUUUGCUAAACACUAACUUACUGCUAGUUAAUUGAGCAAGGAGAAUUGGGUGCAGUGCAGAAGGUUUUUCUUCAAUUGAAAGUUGCUUGUUGCUCAAACUUUCAAUUGAUAGAAAAGCAACUGUUUUUCCUUAGCUUUAUUAUUUGGAAGUUGCUUGUUGCUCCAAGUUUAAGCUGAUUACAAUCAUUACAUUUGGCAACUUUGAGAGUUUAAGUCAUCUUUUUAAGUGGACAUACUGGCAGUUUUUU